GAUGCAAGUAGACAACAAGUAAAAGAAUAUAGGACAAGUCGGCGGGCGUGAUAUCUCUCUGGCUAUCUAUCAUCUGCAUCAUCUCCCUCCCGUGAAGGAAGAAGAGCCGUAUGGCUAUGGCGGCGUCUAUUCUCCAGGCAGCUCCGCUCUCGCUCAAUAACAACAAAAACCCGCGGAUUAAGGCGAGGGUUGAAUUGCUCGGCGGAAUCAAAAGGCCAAAUAGAGUAAGCGUGCUUGACAGUCGAAAGCGAUCUCUUUUGAUAUGCCACUCCGCCGUUAACGCGAAAUGCAGCGAAGGACAAACACAAACCGUUACUCGUGAGUCACCAACAAUAACCCAGGCUCCUGUUCACUCUAAGGAGAAAUCACCAGACCUGGAUGAUGGAGGAGCCGGCUUCCCACCGCGAGAUGAUGGAGAUGGAGGUGGAGGAGGAGGUGGUGGAGGCAACUGGUCUGGUGGCUUCUUCUUCUUUGGUUUUCUUGCCUUCUUGGGUUUAUUGAAAGAUAAAGAGGGCGAGGAGGAUUAUCGAGGGAGCCGAAGGCGAUGAUGAAUAUAUUGAUGAUGAUCAUUGUGGGUCAUUGGAUUAGUUUUGGUGCAUACAACUUGAGAGAAUCACAUUACAGGCAGCUACAGGUCUCAUUUUGUGUAUCUGCUUCCUUGAGCUGAUGACUGCAUAUGAUAUGGCAUUGUUUGUUCUCGUAUCCAAUAGAUGCUCGGUAUCCAAAGCUUGUUUCUACUACGUAUAGAUAUUAUAAAGACUCGAAAGAUCUAGUGGAAGCUACACGGACAACAUGUG